AUGCCUUAUUUCUCGCAGGCCACUGGUGAGAUUUCAGGAACAAUUGAUGUUUUAAUUUUAAUCGUUUUCGCAGAGGAGCGCGCUGAGUCUGCACGUCUCUCAAGCUUCGUGGGGGCUCUCGCUCUCGGGGACCUGGUGAAGUCAACACUAGGCCCCAAAGGCAUGAACAAGAUACUACAAUCUGCCUCAACCGGCGAAGUUAAUAUCACAAACGACGGCGCAACGAUCUUGAAGUCAAUACAACUGGAUAAUGCCGCAGCCAAAAUUCUUGUCAAUAUAUCGAAGGUGCAGGAUGAUGAAGUCGGAGAUGGAACAACCAGCGUCUGCGUACUAGCUGCAGAGCUGCUCCGCGAAGCUGAAAAGCUCGUUGCUUCGAAGAUACACCCUCAAACAAUUGUAGAAGGGUUUCGGAUUGGCACUGCGGUUUCACUGGAUGCGCUGAAAGCAUCCGCAAAGGAUCAUGGUCCGGAUCCAGUGAGAUUUCGAGAAGAUUUGUUCAACAUCGCGCGGACAACACUGUCGUCGAAGGUCUUGGCGCAGGAUAAGGAUUACUUCGCUAACCUCGCUGUUGAUGCCGUACUUCGGCUCCGUGGUUCAACAGAUUUGGAUCAUAUCCAAGUCAUCAAGAAAGUCGGGGGGAAGUUGACAGACUCAUACCUAGAUGAAGGCUUCAUUCUUGACAAACAAAUUGGAACAAGUUGUCCGAAACGGAUGGAAAAUGCAAAAAUCCUGAUUGCCAAUACAUCCAUGGAUACGGAUAAGAUAAAGAUAUUUGGUGCUCGAGUGAAAGUGGACAGCACCGGUAAACUCGCAGAUCUGGAAAGAGCGGAGCGGGAAAAAAUGAAGGCUAAGGUCGAUGCAAUCGCGGCCCAUGGCAUCAACUGCUUUGUUAACCGACAAUUAAUCUAUAAUUAUCCCGAGUCACUCUUUGCUGAGAAGGGUAUACUGAGCAUAGAACACGCGGACUUCGAAGGAGUUGAGCGUCUUUCUCUCGUCACAGGUGGCGAGAUCGCUGGGACGUUUGAUAGACCGGAUCUUGUGAAGCUGGGCCACUGUGAUUUAAUUGAAGAGAUCAUGAUUGGUGAAGACAAGCUUAUCAAGUUCUCAGGUGUGGCUGCCGGGCAAGCAUGUACGGUGGUAUUGCGGGGUUCAACAAACCAGAUGCUAGAUGAAGCAGAGCGGUCUUUGCACGAUGCUUUGUCCGUUCUUUCACAGACAGUCAAAGAGACGCGUGUUGUUCUUGGGGGCGGAUGCUCAGAAAUGCUGAUGAGUAAGGCAGUGGAAGAGGCGGCCCGCAAAGUGUCUGGGAAAAAACAACUUGCUGUGGAGAGCUUCGUACAAGCAUUGCGACAGAUUCCCAUCAUAUUGGCUGACAAUGCUGGCUAUGAUUCCUCAGACCUAGUUUCAAGAUUGCGGGCAGCACACUAUGAGGGUAAAUCAGACUAUGGCUUAGGCAUGCAUUUUUUUCGGUGGAACUCCUACUUGGAUGUGGCCCUCGGGACAAUUGCAUCGAUGAAGGAAUUAGGGGUAACUGAAAGUUACAAACUGAAGAGGCAAGUCGUCCUGAGCGCCAGUGAGGCUGCGGAGAUGAUCAUCAGGCAAGCAUUUCGUCUUAGGGUCGACACGAUUUUGCGAUCUACCCCAAGGAAACGCGAGGGCACUUGA